UUGACACAAGAGUUUGGGUGUGUGUAUCAGAUCCUUUUGAUGAGUUAAGAGUUGCUAAAUCAAUCAUUGAAGGAUUGAAAUGUCAUACUGAUAAUUUAGUUGAAUUGGAGUCUCUUUUGCAAUGUAUUCAUCAAUGUAUUUCUGGCGAGAAAUUUCUUCUCGUUUUAGAUGAUGUGUGGUUAGAAAAUUACAAUAAAUGGAAACAAUUUUAUUAUUGUCUAAAGUAUGGCUCCCAUGGUAGUAAAGUUUUGAUUACAACAAGGAAAGAUACAGUUGCAUCUACUAUGGGAUCAGUUGAUCCUAUCAUUGUGGAGAAAUUAUCUGAGGAGGAAUGUUGGUUGUUGUUUAGACAAUUCGCAUUUUCUGGUAGGCCUCCUAAAGAGUGUGAAAAUUAGAGGAAAUUGGAAGAGAAAUUGUUGCAAAGUGCAAGGGCUUGCCGCUUGCUGCAAAAACUCUUGGCAGUCUCUUGCGAUUUAAGAGAACUAGAGAUGAAUGGUAACGAAUUUUAGAUAGUGAAAUUUGGAAACUAAAAGAGAUUAAGAAAGAUCUCUUUUUACCUUUGUUGUUGAGUUAUAAUGAUUUGUCAUCCAUGAUUAGAAGAUGUUUUUUAUAUUGUGUUAUCUUUCCAAAAGAUCAUAAUAUAAAGAAAGAUCACUUGAUUAAAUUAUGGAUGGCUCAAGGUUAUCUUGGGUUGGACAAUGAUACAGAGAUGGAGGUAAUAGGCCAAGAGUAUUUUGAUCAUCUAGCAUCUCGAUCAUUCUUCCAAGAGUUUCAAAAAGAUGAUGAUGAAAAUAUCAUAAGCUGCAAGAUGCAUGAUAUAGUUCAUGACUUUGCUCAAUUUCUCAGUAAGAACGAAUAUUUUACUGUAGAAAUCAAUGAGGGCAACAAAGAGCUAGUCAUAAACACUUCCAAUGAGAAAGCCCGACAUUCUAUGUUAAUGCUUAACAACAGGGCUACAUUUCCCAUCUCCAUCUGUAGCAUCAAGAGUUUGCGGAGUCUCUUAAUUGGUUGUGAAGAUUAUAAAUAUUUGAUGCCUAAUGAUGUUCUACCAAAUCUCUUUGGUGAAUUCACAUGUUUAAGGGCAUUAGUCAUAAGUUACGAAUUCAGAAUUUUUGGAGGAGUGAAUUUGAUUACAACGAUUCCAAAAGAGAUAAAAAAAUUGAUACAUUUGAAAUAUCUGAAUUUGUUUGGUCAGGAUGUGGAAAAGCUUCCAGGAACUUUAUGUGAGUUAUACAAUCUGCAAACUUUAGAUAUUUCUUGGUGUUUAAAGCUUAAAGAACUGCCUCAAGGGAUGGGGAAGUUGAUAAACUUGCGGCAUUUGAUUAAUCUUCGAACAAGAUCAUUAAGUUACAUGCCCAAGGGAAUCGAGAAAUUAACUUGUCUCCGAACAUUGAGUGAAUUCGUUAUCAGCAGUGAUGGUAGUAAAACAUGUAGUACUCUUGCAUGCUUGAAAGAUUUGAAACAUUUAAGAGGAGAGCUUCAUAUUAGAGGGCUAGGAAAUGUGACCAAUGUGAGUGAGGUUAAGAGAAUGCAAAUUCUCAGCAAUAAGAAAAACCUCUUCUAUUUAACGGUUAGUUUCAAUAAAGAUGGAGAAGGAGAGAGGAAAAAUGAUGAUGAUGAGUUACUUCUUGAGGCUUUGCAACCGCAUCCAAAUUUAGAAAAAUUACGUAUAGAAUAUUACAGAGGCAGCACUUUUUAUUCUGAUUGGAUCAUGUCUUUAACCGGGCUCAGGGAAUUGUGUCUUGACGCUUGCAGUAAUUGUAUGCAUUUGUCUCCCUUGGGAAAGUUGCCAUCACUUGAAUCACUAUGGAUACUAAGGAUGAGUGUGAAAAAACUAGUUACGGGAAUCGAAAGCGAUGGUGCAUCUUCAUCAUCUACAUCAGUUAUUCUCUUUCCCAAGUUGAAAGUUCUUGAAUUUUCUACUAUUAUCGAAUGGGAAGAGUGGGAUUACGGGAAUACAAUUUUGCCAUGCCUUGCUUCUUUGUCAAUCAGUUACUGUGGAAAAUUACGUGCACUGCCUGAUGGCCUUCUCCAGGGGGCGAAAAAACUACAACAUUUGGAGAUUUCUGAAAGUAAUCUUUUGGAAGAACAUUACAGAAAGGGAACAGAAGAGGACUGGCAAAAGAUCUCCCACAUUCCCAACAUCAGAUUCAAUUAUUCAUAUCUACAAGGAGGCCCACUCCCACUCCGUUGAGUUCUCAAAUGGCUGCAAUUACCAACCAUCAAUCCGCAAAGGAGGUCUGCAAAAAUAUUGAGCAUGAUGGUGGUUGCAGUGUUAUGCUGAAAGGAACAGAGGAGAUAGUUAUGUACAAAAGAAGUUGGAUUUCACUUGUGUCACUGUUUGUAUGAGUUGUGGUUUGAUUUUCUUCAUUAAGUCGUUUGUUUUUGCUGUGACAACUUUCUUUGUCAAAAACUUGCAUGUAAUAUAUGGUGUGUUUUAUUGGAAAUUAGGUGUAAAUUAUUAAAUAUAUGUUAUAUGGUAUGAGCUGAACAUAUUGGAAAUAUCUUAUGUAUCCUCACUUGUUGGAGGUCAUAACCCCACUUUUCAAAGAUGAAUUUCUGAUAAUGUUAAGCUUUUCCUUUUUCUUUUUACUAAAGCAUGUAAUGUUUUACAUUAGUUUCUAAUUUCGUCAAAUAUUAAUUUUCUCAGUCCAACACGUCAAUGUUAUCAAAUACGGGUUGGAUAUUCUUUCUGAAGGCUUCUUUGUUUCUUGAUUUCUUAUUAAUGGUUGCAUAUCACAGUAUUGCGUUUAUUUCUUUGAU